AUGGGAGAGUCCACGGAAGAGUCAAAGCUGGAAAUAGUGAUGUUCCCAUGGCUUGCUUAUGGGCAUUUAAUCCCAUAUAUGAAUCUGUCAAAUGAAAUUGCAAAAAGAGGUCAUAAAAUCUCAUUCUUGUUGCCCAAAAAUGCUGAAAUUAGACUUCAAAAAUUCAAUCUUUAUCCAAAUCUCAUCAAAUUCCAUAAACUGACAAUACCUCAUGUUGAUGGCCUUCCAUAUGGAGCAGAGACUACAGCUGAUGUUCAUAGAUCUUUGGAGAGUCUAUUAGCAACAGCAUUGGAUGAAUUGUUUGAUGAAAUCAAAUCUUUUCUUCAAAAUCAAAAACCCCAUUUUGUUAUCUUUGAUUUUGCUUAUUGGAUUCCUGAUUUAGCACGAGAAAUUGGGGGCAUCAAAACUCUGUUUUACAGAGUUGUUUGCCCUGCUGUAUCAUCUGCAACAUUGAUUCGAUCACCGGAUAAGGCUAUUUUUAUGGCAUCAACUGCAGCUGAAUUAGUAAAGCCACCACCAGGUUACCCUUCUACUACUGUGGUGUUGCGCGAAUGUGAAGCUAAGUUGUUGUCAUUUAUAUUUCAUGAAUAUGGCAAGGGGGUGACAUUUUAUGAACGAGUUAAGAAGGGAAUGACACGAUGUGACGCAAUAGCUAUGAAAACAUGUAGAGAGAUUGAAGGAAACUUUUGUGACUACAUCUCAACACAAUUUGAAAAGCCAGUCCUUUACACAGGACCUGUUAUUUCUGAGCCGAAAAAGGAGCCUUUAGAAGAACACAGAUUAUCGAAUUGGCUUGAGAAAUUCAAGCCAGGAUCAGUAGUGUUCUGUGCAUUUGGGAGUCAAUUGAUUCUUGAAAAGAAACAGUUUCAAGAACUUGUUUUAGGCUUUGAACUGACUGAGUUACCAUUUCUUUUAGUUGUUAAGCCACCUCAAGGGACAAAUUCAGUAGAAGAAGCCUUGCCAGAGGGAUUCAAACAGAGGGUUCAAGAAAAGGGACUGAUUCUUGAUUGUUGGGUGCCACAAUUGGAGAUUUUAAGACACAAAUCAGUUGGUUGUUUUGUGACUCACUGUGGUUAUGGGUCGAUGUGGGAGUCUUUGGCACUGUGUGAUUGUCAAUUGGUACUUUUGCCAAGGCCUAUUGAUCACAUUUUUAAUGCUAGGCUGAUGGAACAACACCUUAAGGUUGGUGUAGAAGUGGAGAAGGAUGAAAAUGAUUUGUUUACUAAAGAGAAUUUGUGCAAGGCUGUGAAAUGUGUGAUGGAUAAAGAUAGCCAAAUCGGUUGUCUUGUGAAAGAGAAUCAUAAGAAAUGGAAGGAACUUCUUUCAAGUCCUGGCUUCAUGAGUAACUACAUCGAUAACUUCAUUCAAGACUUGCAUGCACUUCUAGUUGAAAAGACCUAGAUAAUUAGCAGGGGUGAA